CGUAGCGGUUGCCGUUGGGGCCGUCGCCGCCCUCGCCCUGUGCGGACGGGAGGUGGAGGACUGGCCGGGGCGGCUAUGGUGCUGAGUUUUCCCGUGGAGCCGACCGAGGAGAGGCGGUUGCGGCCAUGAAGGUGAGAGGAACCCCUCCGGAAGGGGGGGGGGCGGGACCGGACUGGCGACGGCCGACGACCCUUCUCCCCGGACUCCUUCGCGACCCUCGGUUGCCGCUGUUCCCUCAGUUCACCCGGGGCCGGUGACCCCCCUCGGGAAAUUUCCUUCUCUCUGAGCCCCUGAGCCCUCCCUGGCGGUCCUGGAAGGGGUGCGCCGCCAGCCAGUUCCCCCUGUGCCCCCCAACAGGGCGGGUGCCACGUCUAUGUGGGCUUCGUGCUGUGGGCUGCUGAAUGAAGUCAUGGGGACUGGCGCGGUAAGAGGCCAACAAUCUGGAUUUGGGGGAGGUACCGGCCCAUUCAGAUUUGCACCCAACACUGACUUUUCCACAUACCCACCAGCAGCUACAGGAGGAGCUAAUAUAGUUUGCAAAGCCUGUGGACUUUCAUUUUCAGUUUUUAGAAAAAAGCAUGUAUGUUGUGACUGCAAGAAAGAUUUUUGUUCUGUCUGUUCAGUCAUACAAGAAAAUUUCCGAAGAUGUUGUACUUGUCACUUGUUACAAGAAACUGCCUUUCAGCGCCCUCAGUUAAUGCGACUGAAAGUCAGAGAUCUGAGGCAGUAUCUCAUUCUCCGGAAUAUACCAAUAGACACUUGUCGAGAGAAAGCAGACUUGGUGGACCUUGUACUGUGCCAUCAUGGCUCUGAGGAGGACAUGGACACGCACAGCCUGAAUUCUUCAAGGUCACAGACUUCUUCCGGCUUUUUCACACAUCCGUUUUUUUCAACAUGCCCAGUCCCUUCUUCAACAGUGUCUUCAUCGCAGGGAGACUUCACAAACCAAAGAGGAAGCUCAGGCCCUGGAGCACUUUCACAGGGACAAGGUGAAACGCCCUCAACAAACACAGAAGAUGAUGAUGAAAAUGCCGAAGAGACCCCUGGACUCUCUAGAAAGCGGAUGAGAGCUUCAUUAUCAGAUCUGUCAAGUCUUGAAGAUGUCGAGGGGAUGAGCGUCCGACAAUUGAAGGAAAUUCUUGCUCGGAAUUUUGUCAACUAUUCUGGCUGUUGUGAAAAAUGGGAGCUCGUAGAGAGAGUGAACAGGCUAUACAAAGAAAACGAGGAGAAUCAAAAGUCAUAUGGAGACAAGAUGCAGCUCAAUGACGAAGAAGAUGACAACCUCUGUCGGAUCUGCAUGGACGCAGUCAUUGACUGUGUCCUUCUUGAGUGUGGCCACAUGGUCACUUGUACCAAAUGUGGCAAGCGCAUGAGUGAGUGUCCCAUCUGCCGGCAGUAUGUGGUUCGAGCUGUGCAUGUUUUUAAAUCCUAGAAAGUCUCCGACCUGCUAAAGCAGCCCCGCAAUUUUAUUUCAAUAAGCAGACAGGAUUUGAAACCAUUACUGUUCAAAGGCUGGACUUUGUUGUUUUGUUUGAAUUUCUUUAUUAAUUGUGGAAAGAAAAGUUCAUCUUGCUCAGUUCAAUGUGGAAACACUUCUCUGUGACAUUUCCUUUGGCAGUGUGGGAGGAAGGUUAGGGGUGGGUGAGAACUUCUAGCUUUGUUGAGAUUUUAAAAGGGGUCCAACUGUUGGAGCUCGCCUAUUGCUCUCUUCUAAAGAAUACCCCUCCCCCAAUCACCUUGACCUCAUUUUAACUUAUGCUCAAAGGUUGUGCGCCUGCCGCCCCUCCGACCAUGGUGCCCUGGGAGCAGUGGUCACACGUUAUUUGCCGUUAGUCCAGUGUGCUUAAAAUGCUAAUCGAUAAAUGUAAGUUUCCACAUUGUUGCUCUUCUAGUGUUUAAAUUCAAUAUAAUCGGAGACAAAUGAGUCUACAUAGAAAACUGCCAGAGCCUUAGAAUAAACAUGUCCAUUUAUGUUCUGAUUAAGCAUCAGGAGUACGCCAUUACAGUUUGUGUGUUAAGGACUCUUUUCUUACUAGCCUGUAACAUUAUUUUACUUUCUUGUAGAGUAAAGGUGUUUUUAUUUUGUUUUCUCCUCAUGCUAUCCUGCUAACUCAUUUCAAGUUUAGGAAUAAAUGACACAUUUCAAACAA